AUGAAUGUACUGACAGCUACAGUACUCUUCAAAUUGCUUGAAUUAACCGUAUCCGGUCAAUCCUCUUUGGAAAAUGUGUGGUGGUUAGACCUAAAAGUCACCAGAAAUGUCUCUGGUCAUUUCGCAUCGAUCCCAGUCACAGUUUCACCACAGAAUAUUCUCGCCUCAAACAAGAAAUCCAACCCCAGCUGGACCAAGCUUUUUGAUAAAACUGCAGGCGAGGUACUGUCAAGCGACGACGCCAUAAAUCCACGCAAUCGCACGAUUAUCAGACUUUUGUUCAGCAAGAAUCCUGGGCACGCGGUGCGAUCGGAUUAUCUAGUUUACAGAUUGGCUGGCGCACAGUACGUCGCUUCUGUGAAAUCUUUCUUAGAUCCCCGGACCAAUGUUGCUGAAGUAGCUCCGGAACUUUACAGGUCCAUCACGACUUUGAGCGACUUCACCAAGUUGUUCGAACAUGCAAUUGGUGGUAUUGUCAGCAGUAGCCCAGAUGAACUUUUUACCGUCGAAUCGUGGCAGCAAUAUCUCGACGGCGAGCUCAUCAAACGUCUGUCUGUACCAUGGAUAUUUAGGCAACCUUUGAAAUCAUAUCGCGUUUUCUGGGUCCAAGGCCGCGCGGACAUUGGGUCAAGCAUCCAAUUCUAUGAAGCUGCAAGAGCACUUGGCAUCACGAUCGUUGUUCUCGACCAACCUGGCCACUGGCUUCAGGAUGACACCGGUCCACAUGCCCAAUAUCGCGAAGCAUUCAUACCCAUCAGUGUCGAUGGGGAUGAAGGCCUCACGCAAAGAGUUGUCGAAGCCGUGCGGUCUUACCCGCACAGGGUAGAUGGAAUUGUGACUAUCAGCGACGUUCGUUUGCCUUUCGUCGCUCGCGCCUGCGAGAUACUCGGACUACCUACUUCACCAUCAGCUGCUUACAUCCUUGCAGGCGAUAAAGGUGCCACAAGAGAGCUGGAGGAUGCUGCUGCUGAUAAAAAAGAGGGCUUUGUACUUAACGCCGCAGAUGAACUUGAUACCUUCCUUGAGCAAGCGGGGAACAUGAUAAAAUACCCUCUCAUCGUCAAGCCGUGUAGUGGAUGGAACAGCGAUUGCGUCGUCAAGGUCCAGAAUCAGGAUGAGUUGUUUGCUGCUGUUCUUCGCGCAUCUAGUAGACAUGCAAAUUCACCGAAUUGCAGCACGAGAGUUGUUGUUGAACCGUACAUCGAAGGACCUGAGGUAGAUGCGAACUUUGUCAUUCUUGAUGGAGAAGUCUUAUUUUGCGACAUUUCAGAUGAUUUCCCAAGCACAGGUGACCACUCUGGGAACUCGACAAGCAUUCCGGCAGCCAAUUUCAUGGAAACAUUAAUGGAUAUACCCACCAAUUUGCCAAGCGAGGAACAGGAGUUAAUGAAGUCAAGCUUGAAGGAAAGCAUAGUUCGUCUUGGCUUCAAGUCCGGUGUCUUCCACUGCGAAGCGCGAGUUCGAAAUUCCCGCGCGCAAUACAAGCACGGCCUAGACGGUAUUUUGGACAUGUCUGUGUCAACGCGCACGGAACCAAUAUCACCACCAUCAUGCUACCUGCAUGAGGUAAAUGCUCGAUCUCCUGGGUAUAUUAAUUGCGUUGCUGCUCUUCUUGCGUACGGGGUAGACUACUACGCUAUUCGCCUUCUUCUAAGCCUGGGUCCUCAAGAAAACGAACGAGUGAAAAUCCUGGCACAACCUUUUCUCGGAAGUAAGCCACAGUAUAUCUUGGGUGUUGUUGUCCUUCCCCCUACUCGAUCGGGUAUCAUGGCCUCGGAGAAUGCUGUGGAAGAUUAUCUUGUUGAGAAUCCGGACAUUCGUAAACACGUAGUCCACCAUCAGACAGUAAGGAAGAAGGGCGAAUUCGUAGAGGGACCAGACUCAGAUGAGCUACUAGCGGUUGGAUACAUCAUAGUGGCCAGCAAGACCAGUAGACGACAGUGUCUUGAGCUAGCUAGACAGAUUUCGGAAACUUUCGAUUACAAACUAGAGAGCGAUUAG